UCUCCUGUGUCCCUGAGCAGCCAGACUCAGCAGCCUGUUUCAUGUGUCCCACUUGGAUUACGAAACAAGAUUCGUCUGAAAACAUCGAUCGGAUUGCAUUCUCGUUGGUUAGAAAUCUGGGAAGCGUUAAAAGGCCAUCAGAUAGCCACUGACUUAAGCAGUGUCGUCUUACUGGAGCAUUGUUUUCGCAUAAUGAACAAUACUGUAUCAAUCGCAAAACCUACAAAAGAUGACACAAGGCGUUCACGGGAUUACUGCCUGCAACAGAAAGGAAGGUUGUUUCAACGUCAAUACGACAGCUCACGAACUAAAGAUGAGGGAACUCAGAUAGCCAGUACCAUUCCCGCAUUUCUCCUUGCAGUCUCGUGA